GCCGCUCUGCGCCCGCUCUGCCCGGCCCCGGCUGCCCCGCGGAGGGCGCCCCUUUCCCCAGCACCGCAGCCGCGCCCCCGCGUCCCGCCUCCCGCGCUGCUCGCUUCGCCCGAUGCCCCGGCCCCGUCCCGCGCACUGAGCGCCUGGCAGCGCGGCGCCGAGUCCCGGGGCGCUGCGGGGCGCUGCGCGGAGAACAGCCGGGCCUCAGCCCUGGGCGUCCCCCAGAGCCGAUCGGAGCGCGGGGAGGCGGGGGCGAGGAGGAGGGGACCCGCCGCCGGGGCUGGCUGCUUCGCUCCUAGCCGACUUUUCACCAAUGGUCCAAAGCGACAUGUCCAAGUCGCCUCCCACAGCGGCGGCGGCGGUGGCGCAGGAGAUCCAGAUGGAACUGCUGGAGAACGUGGCUCCCGCGGGGGCGCUCGGAGCAGCCGCACAGUCAUAUGGAAAAGGAGCCAGAAGGAAAAACAGAUUUAAAGGAUCUGAUGGAAGCACAUCAUCUGACACUACCUCAAAUAGUUUCGUUCGCCAGGGUUCGGCAGACUCCUACACUAGCCGUCCAUCCGAUUCCGAUGUGUCUCUGGAGGAGGACCGGGAAGCAGUGCGCAGAGAAGCGGAGCGGCAGGCCCAGGCACAGUUGGAAAAAGCUAAGACAAAGCCCGUGGCAUUUGCGGUUCGGACAAAUGUCAGCUACAGUGCGGCCCAUGAAGAUGAUGUUCCAGUGCCUGGCAUGGCCAUCUCAUUUGAAGCAAAAGAUUUUCUGCAUGUUAAGGAAAAAUUUAACAAUGACUGGUGGAUAGGGAGACUGGUAAAAGAAGGCUGUGAAAUCGGAUUCAUUCCAAGCCCAGUAAAACUAGAAAACAUGAGGCUGCAGCAUGAACAGAGAGCCAAGCAAGGGAAAUUCUCCUCCAGUAAAUCAGGAGGAAAUUCAUCAUCCAGUUUGGGUGACAUAGUACCUAGUUCCAGAAAAUCAACACCUCCAUCGUCUGCUGUAGACAUAGAUGCUACUGGCUUAGAUGCAGAAGAAAAUGAUAUUCCAGCAAACCACCGCUCCCCUAAACCCAGUGCAAACAGUGUAACGUCACCCCACUCCAAAGAGAAACGAAUGCCCUUCUUUAAGAAGACAGAGCACACUCCUCCAUAUGAUGUGGUACCUUCCAUGCGACCAGUGGUCCUAGUAGGCCCUUCUCUGAAGGGCUAUGAGGUCACAGAUAUGAUGCAAAAAGCGCUGUUUGAUUUUUUAAAACACAGAUUUGAAGGGCGGAUAUCCAUCACAAGGGUCACCGCGGACAUCUCGCUUGCCAAACGCUCAGUAUUAAACAAUCCCAGUAAGCACGCAAUAAUAGAAAGAUCCAACACAAGGUCAAGCUUAGCGGAAGUUCAGAGUGAAAUUGAAAGGAUUUUUGAACUUGCAAGAACAUUGCAAUUGGUGGUCCUUGAUGCAGAUACGAUUAAUCAUCCAGCUCAACUCAGUAAAACCUCCCUGGCCCCUAUUAUAGUAUAUGUAAAGAUUUCUUCUCCUAAGGUUUUACAAAGGUUAAUAAAAUCUCGAGGGAAAUCUCAAGCUAAACACCUCAACGUCCAGAUGGUAGCAGCUGAUAAACUGGCUCAGUGUCCUCCAGAGUUGUUCGAUGUGAUCUUGGAUGAGAACCAGCUUGAGGAUGCCUGUGAGCACCUUGCCGACUAUCUGGAGGCCUACUGGAAGGCCACCCAUCCUCCCAGCAGCAGCCUCCCCAACCCUCUCCUUAGCCGUACAUUAGCCACUUCAAGUCUGCCUCUUAGCCCCACCCUAGCCUCUAAUUCACAGGGUUCUCAAGGUGAUCAAAGGACUGAUCGCUCCGCUCCUAUCCGUUCUGCUUCCCAAGCUGAAGAAGAACCUAGUGUGGAACCAGUCAAGAAAUCCCAGCACCGCUCUUCCUCCUCAGCCCCACACCACAACCAUCGCGGUGGGACAAGUCGCGGCCUCUCCAGGCAAGAGACAUUUGACUCGGAAACCCAGGAGAGUCGAGACUCUGCCUACAUAGAGCCAAAGGAAGAUUAUUCCCAUGACCACGUGGACCACUAUGCCUCACACCGUGACCACAACCACAGAGACGAGACCCACGGGAGCAGUGACCACAGACACCGGGAGUCUCGGCACCGUUCCCGAGACAUGGAUCGAGAGCAGGACCACAAUGAGUGCAACAAACAGCGCAGCCGUCAUAAAUCCAAGGAUCGCUACUGUGAAAAGGAUGGAGAAGUGAUAUCCAAAAAACGGAAUGAGGCUGGGGAGUGGAACAGGGAUGUUUACAUCCGCCAAUGACUUUUGCCCUUUUGUGUGUGUGUGUUUUUUUUUUUUUUUUUUUUUUUGAAGUCUUGUAUAACAGCAUCCCCAAAACAAAGCCUUUGGGGUCUACACUGCAAUCAUAUGUGAUCUGUCUUGUAAUAUUUUGUAUUGCUGUUGCUUCAAUAGCAAUAGCAUGAAUAGAGUAUUAAGAUACUUUUUCUUUUGUAAGUGCUACAUAAAUUGGCCUGCUAUGGCUGCAGUCCUCCGGUUGUAUACUGGACUCUUCAAAAACUGUUUUGGGUAGCUGCCACUUGAACAAAAUCUGUUGCCACCCAGGUGAUGUUGGUGUUUUAAGAAAUGUAGUUGAUGUAUCCAACAAGCCAGAAUCAGCACAGAUAAAAAGUGGAAUUUCUCGUUUCUCCAGAUUUUUAAUACGCAGGCACUUGAUUUGCAUAUUCAUUCAUGGACCACUGUUUCUUGCUUGUACCUCUGGCUGACUAAAUUUGGGGACAGAUUCAGUCUUGCCUUACACAAAGGGGAUCAUAAAGUUAGAAUCUAUUUUCUAUGUACUAGUACUGUGUACUGUAUAGACAGUUUGUAAAUGUUAUUUCUGCAAACACCUUCUUAUUAUAUUAUAUAUAUAUAUAUAUAAGUUUGAUCACACUAUUUUAGAGUCUUAAUGCCAAGUCAGCAGAUUUGCUUUAAGAAUUACAGGGACUAGAAAUGCCCACAUUCAGGAAAUUUGUAAUAACAUUGUCUAGACACCUAUCCUCAUUCUAGUAGAAAGAUUGUACAUACUGUAAAUAUGUGUGAUUGCUUGACUUGAAAAGGUUUGAAUUCUGAAUGUUAUACCAUCCUUGUAAGUUUGUAAUUUUCACCAUAAAUUAUGGUAGAUAUAAAACUCCAGAGGUUGUUCUACUCCAUACAGUUCACACUGAUUGUGACACAUUCUUAGUAGCUAGUGUCUGUUCUAGUCACUGCACUGGAGUCUAUGAGCCGGAACUCGCUAUACGCACGUGUGUGUGUCUGUAUGUAAGAGUGUGCACGAGUGACUGAAUGGCUGAGAUGAAUUGGAAUGCUGAAGACUAGUGAAGAAACUAAAGACUGAUAUAGAGCAUUCUGCCCACCUGGCUCUGUAUUUAAUUGUGCUAUAUGUUGCUUUAAUAACCCAUUGAGCAGUCAGGGAAUGUGAGUAAGCUUGCUGCCAAAGGUAACUAGGAAAGCAUUCAUCUGCUGCCUCCUUGUUUUUGCUCCUAGAGAGUAAAAAAUACAGGCAAUUUUACUGUGAGUGUUUCACUGGAAAUGUACAAUCUUUGUGUGUUAGAGUAUUUGUUUUAGUAAGAAAUGUUUACACAGCUUGUGGAAUUAUUUCAGUGGGAAAAUAAAUUUUUAUAACUUCUCCCACUUCAUUUUCUAACCUUGCCUAUUGUUCCUGUUGUUUACCUCCCAGUUACCUAGCAUUCCUUCCCACCACUGACUCCAGCAGGUUCACUGUCUGUCAGAACCCAGAAGUGCUUCUUAUAACCAAAGUUUCUGUUUUUCAGAAGUAAUCAGGGCAAAAUGGGGUGACCUGAAGUGAAUAAAAUGUUUAGAAUAUUAUCCUACAUAAGACAUCUACACGGAAGGGGAACCUUGAAGACAUUAUCUCCAUGCCUCAAUUACACUGCUGUAAGAAGCUUUUGUCAUCAUGUUUAAGGCUAAGACCUUUUCCAUGUCUCAAAUGUUUACUUUGUCCAGUGUUUAUAACUGGAUGGUAAGACAAUAUUAAGAGUGCAAGUACCUGGUACUUGAAGUUGGUCCCAAUAAAAUGCCUGUGUAUAACUGCCUAACUUCAGAUCUACAUAUUCACUUAUAUAACAAAAUAAUCAGCCGGGCAUGGUGGCUCAUGUCUGUAAUCGCAGCUCUUUGGGAAGCCGAGGCAGGUGGAUCACCUGAGGUCAGGAGUUUAAGACCAGCCUGGCCAAUGUGGCGAAACCCCAUCUCUACCAAAAAUACAAAAAAUUAGCCAGGUAUGGUGGUGCACACCUAUAAUCCCAGCUACUCGGGAGGCUGAGGCAGGAGAAUUGCUUGAACCCAGGAGGUGGAGGCUGCAGUGAGCCAAGAUCGUGCCACUGUACUCCAGCCUGGGUGACAGAGUGAGACUCCAUCUCAAAAAACAAACAAACAUACAAAAAAACCUAUUUAGCAAAACUAUAGUUAUAAAAUCAAUUAUUUUGCUUCCUUGAUUAUUCCAAGUUCUUGCCAAAUAUUCUUAGACUUUUAUAAGUAAAACUGUUUUACAUUUAACACCUUAUUUCCCUUAUCCCCAAGAAAACUCAGUAUUAAAAAAUGAUUAAGCUGGGGUGGUGGAAUGUACCUGUAGACCCAGCUACUUGGGAGGCUGAGACAGGAGGAUCCCUUGAGCCCAGGAGGUAGAGGUUGCAGUGAGCCGUGACUGUACCACUGCACUCCAGCCUGGUGACAACCUGGUGUCUAAAAAAAGAAAAUAAAAAGUAGUUACAUAUACAAUGUUUUAUCAGCUUAUAUAUAAAAAAUUUCCAAUUUGUUAAUUAGCUCUAUACUGUUUACAUGAAUUUAUUUUACCAAAUAUAAAAACAGUAGUCAUAAUAAACUUGACAAUUCUUACACUGUCCUACCAGUAGGAAACCACAUUCUAAUGAAAAUUGCUUUUAUAAAGUAUUUCUGAUAAAACUUUUGUCAUGGUAAGAGAUUCACAAUUACUAGGUUCAAUCCUUUACUAUUUCAUCCCAAUUAAUGAUUUUGGAAUAUUUAAAUUCUUGAAACACAGCUAGUAUUUAUCUUACUUGCUGCUAUCAUUAAUCCCUUUCAAAAAGUAGUGGUGAGAGUUUCCAUCUUUUUUAUUUUGUAUCUAGAUUCUUAGCUUGCACUUUACUGUGGCACAUAUGAGUGCAAAUUAGAAUAUUCCUCAAAAAACUAGCUUGAAGGAUUUGACAUAAGAGCAUCUAUAUGUGAAAAACUGUAUAGUGGACGUAUGUGUAAACUGUGUAGUAAAUCUGUAAAUGAGGAAAUAAUCCCAAGGGUAAUGGGAUAUUUACUGACCUGUGGAAUGUAUAUAGUCUUUUCACACAACAAAGGCUUAAUCUUAACCCACUCAGCUGUAGAACCAUGAUUUUUGUAGUCAACCUAGAAAAUGCUGGAAAUGUAUUUAAUAGUUGGGUUUUUUUUUUUUUUUUUUUUUUUUUUGGUCAUACCCAUUUCAGUCUUUCCUAUGCUCUUUCUCUACUGCUCAUUUAAGUUACUGUUACAAAAAGGUGCUGCUAAAUGUAGGAUGUCUUAGUCAUGUUGUACUUUGGGACAAUGCCACAUUUUUAACAUGGUCUGCUAUGCAUUCCUGUUAAACAUUCACUGUCAGCUACACUGAACUGUCUAACAAACCUGGUUUAAAGUAAUUCAUAUAAAACAAAUAAAGAGCUGGCUUCUGCACUGUU